CCAGCUAUACUCUUGGACUUAGCAUCUGUGCCAAACAACCACCGGUAUCUAUAAUGAAAAAUCUAUAAAUUCGUGGCCUCUCGCUGCAGUGUGAUAGUGAUUAAGAAAUGAUAAUCACAUACAUAUUCGUUCGAAGAGCUUUGCGGAAACUAAGCAUACAGAAUAUAUAUAAUUAUUAUUUCUCGUUAGUUAAUGAAUAUAUAUAUUGUCAGUGAUGAAGAGGUGUCGUAAUAUAGAAACUGGACGGCCUCACAAGUUCUACCGCGUUGAUUACCAGGAGCAACCAGACAUAAGUUAUGGGUUGUUUGAAACGGAUGACGACUAUUGGACACAAGAAGAACCACCCACAGAUCUACGAAAUAAAUUGAAUAUGACGAAUAAUGAACCACCCAUUGAUCUACGAGACUCGUUGAAUAUGAGGCAGAAUGACUGUCUGUUGAACACGAUCCCCAGCGAAGAUUUCUUAUCAGACGUCAUGAAUGAACCGCCCACAGAUCUACGAAAUAAAUUGAAUAUGACGAAUAAUGAACAACCCAUUGAUCUACGAGACUCGUUAAAUAUGAGGCAGAAUGACUGUUUUUUGAGCACGAUCCCCAGCGAAGAUUUCUUAUCAGACGUCAUGAAUGCACCACCCACAGAUCUACGAAAUAAAUUGAAUAUGACGAAUAAUGAACCACUCAUUGAUCUACGAGACUCGUUGAAUAUGAAGCAGAAUGACUGUCUUUUGAACACGAUCCCCAGCGAAGAUUUCUUAUCAGAAGAUUUAUAUCCCAUAUCUGACUUGGGAAACAUGAACACAUCAAGAUUUGGGUCCAGUUCCAGACAAUUUAGAGAUGAUUGCCAUUUUAAUCACGAAGACCAACCCAGAAAUGAAAGGGGACAAUAUACCCGUUCUGGUUCUGCUCCUCAAACAGAUUCUUUUAGGGGUAACUUUGACCGGGGCAGGGGUUGGGGUAGGGGUAGGGGUAGGGGAAGGGGUAGAGGCAGAGGCAGGGGCAGGGGCAGGGGUACUGACUUUCAAACCAGUAGAGGUGCUAAAAGCUUAGAUUCCUUAAAUGUUUGUAUACAUGAUGAUAGAAAUUCAACGGGCUCAGACAGAAGAAACCAAAGGAGAGAGAGAACUUAUCCUUUGGGUUUCAAGCAUAUGGAAAAGCUGUUGCAAUUACCAUCUGAUGUAGUAGUCACAGAACUGUUGAGUGCUGGGUCAGGCUUUACUCUUCUUCUUGAGGAUGACAGAAUAACAAAUGACAAGUUUGUGCUUUUAAUAUGUGUUCUUGCACAUGCAACUUGUACUCAGUCAAACAAAGAAAAUUUAUGUGAUCUGUUUAGCAAAACUUGUGAACAAAAAUUCAUUGACAAAUUAUGCAAUUUUGCCUUUACAAUUAAGAGAGAAUAUUUACAUAAGGCAAAAGACUUGUUCCUUAAACUACACAUAUUUUUAGAAGCAUAUGCAAGUGCUAUGACAAGCAUUGCUAUUGACAGGCUACCCAGUUUAUUGGAGGCCUGCAUUUCAGUCCUGAUACCAUUAAAGGAAAAUGGUCUUGUGAAGCAAUAUGAAGAUCUGCAAGAAAUGCUGACUGAAGCUUCUAAACAGUGGGAACAAGAGAAAAUGCUAGGUUCUAAUGAAAGGAGAAGGCGUAAGUAUGAAAUGGACCACAUGGAUCCACCUGAUAACUUUAGGGAAUAUCCAGUAUUACCAACACCAAGGGACUUAUCUGCAGUUGAGCGUCCAUUUCUUCGCAAGAACAUAGUCCAGGGAAAAUAUAAUGAUGGCGAGCAUUACUUAGAUGUACAAUUUCGACUUCUUCGUGAAGAUUUUGUGAGGCCUCUGAGGAAAGGAAUUCAGGAUUUCUUGGGUUCUAAGCACUCUAAAGUUAGGGAUGUAAGAAUUUAUAGAGAUGUUUGUGUUGUUGGGUCUCAGAUAAAAAAUCAUAACAUCAUUCAUAAUGUUCAGUUGAAUAUACCAAAGAAAGUCAAAUUUGAGAACUCCAAGCGUUUGUUGUAUGGUAAUCUUUUGUGUCUCAGCAGUGAUAACUUCAGAAGCUUACUCCUUGCAUCUGUUGCUGACAGAGAUCCAGAAAUGCUAAAGGAUGGAAUUAUUGGGAUUCAGUUUGAGUCGGAUAUUGAAAUGUUUGACAUGACCAGUAAAUUCUUGAUGGUUGAAUCAAGAGCUUAUUUUAUGCCUUAUAAACAUGUUUUAAUGGCUUUGAAAAAUAUGUCUGGAAAUGCAUUUCCUUUGGAACCUUACAUAGUUUAUGUUGAGCCUGAUGUUAAAUCUCCUAGAUAUUUGAAUGCUCAAGUGACAUAUGAUUUAAGAGUUAUUAAAAAAAGCAAGAUGAUGAAAAAGUCUGAGGCAUACAAUGCACUGUUUAAUUUUUUAACAGAUACUGAAGAGCCUGAUGAUGACCAAUUUACUCACCUUAAGAAUGUGUUAGUUACAAGCUACCUCACAGCAUGGCCAUCUAAUGAAGAGUUAGGCCUUGAUAGUUCUCAAACUAGAGCACUUCGAAGUGCUCUGACACGUCAGGUAGCCAUUAUCCAAGGACCUCCAGGCACUGGAAAGACCUUUAUAGGUCUCAAAAUUACACAGAUCCUGUUACACAAUAGCAAUGUUUGGAAAAGUAAAGAUAAUCCCACUCCAAUAUUGGUUGUGUGUUUCACAAAUCAUGCACUAGAUCAGUUCUUAGAGGGAAUGACCACUUACACAAGUAAUAUUGUAAGAAUAGGGUCAAGAUCUAAGAGUGAGAAUAUUAAUCGUUUUCAAGUAAAUUAUCUAGUACGUAAUCUUCAUGGGAACCGUAGCCUCCCACGACCCAUCCAUGAGCGAAAUUCUGAAUUACGGAAACAAGUAAUAGAAUUGGAAAACAAAAUCAAGAUUAUGAGAAACAAAAUAGAUAGUUGCAAAACAGAAAAAGGAAUUCUAUCUUUUGACAUACUUGCAUCUGAAAACAUCAUACCUAAGCAUUUAGAAUGCCAGUUCAGAGCAGUUGCAGUUGGUAACAAGUUAACAGGAUGGCUACUUCUUAAUAUUCAGCAAGAGGAUUUUGGAAGUCAAAUUAACCAGUUCCAACUGGCACCGCAUAAAAAUCAGCCUAUUUCUUCGAAACAGGAAAGAAGUCAAACAGAAGAAGGGGAAUUAAGUGAUAGUGAUAAUGAAUGGGAAGAUGCACAGGAAUUACUUGGUCUUGAGGAGCAAGAUAGACUGUUACACGAUGAUGACAGUGAUGAUGAACCAAUUUUUGAAGCCUAUCAUCUCCAGUAUGAAAUUACUCUUAAUAGACUUGAAGGGGAGUUCCAAGCAGAAUCAGAAAGAUAUUAUGAAGAUCCAACCAAUCAAGGUUCUUAUUUUAAAUGUACAAUUCUUUCUGGUCAGAUGGAAGCAUUGAAAAUUGGCCUCACUUUAACUGGAAAUCCUGAAGAAUUGUCUAAGCUAGAAAAGCAAAUGAAUCUUAAUAUUUUGAGUCUUAGUUUCCCAGUGAGGUGGCAGCUUUAUAAAUACUGGUUAGGGAGGCUCAUAAACAAAAUGGAGCAUAAAGUUAAAACCCAUGAAUCAAAUUACCAAAAGAAUUCAAGAGCCCUGCGAGAAACUCGGGACCAAGAGUAUUUGUAUAUCAUGCGUAAUGCUUCAGUAGUGGGCAUGACAACUACAGGUGCAGCGCAGUACAAUAGCAUUAUGCAAGACUUGGCCCCAGCUAUUGUUAUCAUCGAGGAAGCUGCCGAAAUUCUUGAAUCACAUGUCAUUGCAUCUCUUACUGCCAACUGCCAGCACCUCAUACUGAUAGGAGAUCACCAGCAGCUUCGUCCAAGUGCCACAGUGUUUGAGCUAGCAACUAAGUAUGGUCUGGAAACUUCCUUGUUUGAAAGAUUGAUCAAAAAUGGCCUUUCGUAUGAAACUCUGGAAUAUCAACAUCGGAUGAGGCCCAGCAUCUCUAGACUGCUCGUGCCAUCUAUAUAUCCUCAGUUGAAAAAUCAUCCUUCGGUUCAUACAUAUCCACAUAUCAGGGGCAUCACUAGGGAUGUUUUCUUCAUAUCACAUGAUAUUCCUGAGAGAGAGGAUUCUGAUGACAAUAACAGCCAUGAAAAUCAGUAUGAGGCAGAAUUUCUCAUUGGCUUAUGUAGACAUCUUAUUUUACAAGGAUAUUCUUCAGAAGAAAUUACUAUUCUCACUCCUUACUCUGGACAAUUCUUCCUACUACGGAAGCUUCAGCGAAACCACCAGGCAUGUUCGGGUGUGAGAAUGUGUGUGGUGGACAACUUCCAGGGAGAAGAGAACAAUAUUAUUUUGUUGUCCUUAGUACGAAGUAAUGUUGAAGGGAAAGUGGGCUUCCUUCGCACUGAUAACAGGGUGUGUGUUGCCCUCUCACGUGCCAAGCAUGGCUUAUACAUUACUGGAAAUAUGGAUCUGCUGAGUUCCUCCAGUGAGCUGUGGAAGAAGAUCAAAGAAGACCUUUCAGCAGACAACUCUAUUGGCAAUUCCUUGACUCUUAAAUGUACAAAUCAUCCUGAUCAACUAAUAUCGAUAUCAUCAGGUGAUGACUUCUUCAAGAAAAGCCCAGAGGGUGGAUGUCGCCUAAUAUGUGGCAGUUCCCUUCCAAAUUGUAAGCAUUCCUGUCCCAAAAUUUGUCACAUGGAUGAUCGAGAGCACAAACAGUUUAAAUGCCGUUCGCCUUGUCCUAAGAUUCUGUGUGAAUUGGACCAUCAGUGUCCAAAGAAAUGUUGGGAAAUAUGCACACCAUGUAUUGUUUUGGUCACAAAAGUGUUACCUUGUGCCCAUAGUCAUAACAUUCCAUGCCAUGUUGACCCAAAGAAACAUGCAUGUCCAACUCGAGUAAUAAGACAAAUACCUCUCUGUCAGCAUAAGGUCACCAUGCCUUGCCAUUGUGAUGCAAAUACUUUUGCUUGUACCAUGGACUGUGACACUAGACUGGAUUGUGGUCACAAAUGUAGAUUCAAGUGUCACCGGAGAAAGGAUCCGGACCACGAUUUAUAUAAUUGCUUAGAAAAGUGUACAAAAUUGAAUGCAGGUUGUUCACAAAACCAUCCAUGCCAAAAGAAAUGCCAUGAAGAAUGUGGAGCUUGCACAGUAAAAUUAAACAAAACUCUACAAUGUGGGCAUGUGGCAGUUAAAGUUGACUGCUCUGAACUGGAGGAAGAUAUCAUUUGUCGUAAACCCUGUACAAAAAUGCUGCCUUGUGGCCAUCCAUGUAAGAAACUUUGUUUCCAAAAAUGUGGUGACUGUGCACAGAAAGUGAAGAAGACUGUACCAGGUUGCAAUCAUGUUACUCAGAUGGAAUGUGGAUUACCAGCAACAGCUAGCAAGUGUCCGGGAAAGUGUCCCAAAACAUUACCAUGUGGGCAUCCCUGUAGACAACGCUGUAUGGAUGUGUGUACUACCAAAUGCACCGAGCUUGUUACCUCGACCACCAAGUGCCCUAAAGGCCAUUUUAUCAAGCUUCCUUGUCAUUUAAAUGGCAAAGUGAAUGGAGAGGAUGCAUGGGAAUAUUGUAAAGAACCAUGCGGUCAGGUCCUGAAAUGUGAGCAUAAUUGUUUAGGCAAUUGUGGGCUCUGCUUUCAGGGACGGAUUCAUGUCUCGUGUCAGCAGCCGUGUAAAAAACCACUUGUGUGCGGACACAUAUGCAAGCAUCCUUGCAGUGCAGAGUGUCCCCCAUGCCAGGAAGAAUGCCAGUGGCGCUGUACACACAGUCGUUGCCGGAAGAUAUGUGGCAUUCCCUGCACAGUAUGUAAGAUGAAUUGUGAUUGGAAGUGUAAGCACUUGAAAUGUACGAAACUUUGUGGUGAGAAGUGCUCAAGAAAACCUUGUGAUCAGGCUUGCCCACGAAAGCUGAAGUGUGGCCAUCCAUGUGUUGGCUUUUGCGGUGAUCCGUGUCCACCAUUGUGUCGGAUUUGUGAUGCAGAGGAGCUUACAGAAUUUGUAUUAUGGGGCAAUGAAGAGGAUGCUGAUGCAAGAUUUGUGCUGUUGGAGGACUGUGGCCACACUAUUGAAGUUCAAGGCCUGGAGGGCUGGCUGGGCCAGGAAACUGCUGAAAUUGGUAUGAAGACAUGUCCAAAGUGUCGAAAACCCAUCUAUAAUAAUCGUCGUUAUCAGGACGUGGUACUUAAGACAUAUGAAGCUGUUAAAGAUGUCAAGUACAAAUAUUAUAGAUCUCAACUCAAAGUAAAGAGGAAGGAAAUUGAAUUGCUAUUGCAAGAUCCAAAAGUUGCUGUUCACUUCAAUUCUCAGACCAAAGAAUUACACAAGAAACUCAGUAUGGGACCACCAGUAAAGGGUCGCAGGAAAAUAUAUGUUAAUGAAGGAGAACUGAGGCUUAUCCAGUUUCAAUCUCAAGUCCUUGUAAAGGCCACCAAAAUCCUGAUGUCUUUGUCUAAAGAAAAUACCACAGAUACUGUUCAAGCACUACUUUCCAGAUUUCAGGCAGCACGUCAGCUGUCUAAUCAUGAAAUUCGAUUACGGCCAAGGGUGGAGGCAAUAGUUGAACUUGUUAUGAAGAAAAAUACAAUUAUUGCUCCUCAGAUGGUUGAUGAGGUGAGCUGUGAAUUGGAGCGUCUCAUGAUUCUUCCUGCCUAUUGGACUUUUAAUGAAAAAUUUAUGAGUUAUAGUAGUGAUAAGAUUAAGGAAAUCAAGGUAAAGUUGGAGAAGCUAAUGGAUCCUACAAUCAAAUUCGAUUCAGAACUAGAUACAAAAAUACGUGCUCUUUUGAAAGAGAGUGAGAAAUAUGUUGGUGGCUUGGGAAUUAAUGAGAGCGAGAAGAUAAUGAUCUUGAAAGCUAUGGGGCUCAAGCAGGGGCAUUGGUACAAAUGUCCAAAUGGGCAUGUGUACUGCAUCACUGAGUGUGGGGGAGCAAUGGUUGAAAGCAACUGUCCCGAUUGUGGGGCAGAAAUUGGAGGGGGAUCACACAGGCUGAGGAGUGAUAAUGCUGUGGCAAGUGAGAUGGAUGGUGCACGGCAUGGGGCUUGGUCCGAGCAUAACAACAUGGGGAACUUCAACCUUGAUGAUAUUUAAUUGGGUGUAUAUCUUUGAAUUAUAUAUAUAUUUGUAAUGGAUCUUGUUUUUAAUUGUGUACAUAGCUUCAAUGUUUGUUCUUUUAGCAAAUUUACAUUUAGAUUUGUCUAAAGAUAUGUUUGGCUAUAAGAACUGACAGAACUCUACAGUGAUCUGUGCCAGUUCUUUACGUUCUCUCACUACAGUAUAUGUAAUAUAAUAUAGUUUUUCAUUAAUUUUGUCUGCAUUUGAACUGUACCUGUUAUUUUUUUAAUCUUGCAUAUUAAUUCUUAAAACAAUUAUUAUUUUCUAGGUAUUGUCAGACCAGAAAGUAGAAAUUUUGUAAAAAUAAUUUUAUAUGUUCCAGUCAAUUGUUAACUCAUAAAGGCAGUUCAGAUGUCUGGAUAAAAUUCAUUUUUGGGUCACACCUGCUAUGAAAUAAGACACAAAGCUAUAGAAAAAGUGUUAUGCCCUUUAAACAGGAUAAUUUUGUAGCUAUUUCACUAUAAUGGUCCCAAAGGAUUGGUUCAUGGCAGGUUAAAUUCUGUAUUGAUGCACUAUGAAAUUUAUUUAUUUUAUAUGUAUAUAUAUAAUACAAGGUAUUAUAAACUCAGGCUAAGGGGGGUUGUGGUAGGGGGGUAAGGGGUUGUGAAAGUAAAGAUUUUGGUGACUGAAUGGUACAUUUCUGCAAAACCACUAACAUGCAUAGCAUUUUCAGGAAGUCUUAAAGCUAACACAAAAUUUGCAAUAUAUUUUAAUUUACAAUGUGAAACAAUCAAUCAAUCUUGAACAAGAAAUCAAACUAGUGACAGUAUGAAAGCUCUGCCCAGUCUCAAGUGGCCAGAGAAAAUUCACUUGUAAGCCUUUCCAAGCUCUCUCCAGCAGCACAAGAAUAGUAAAGUAUAAGUGCUCUCACGAAUCACAAGUUGGCCCAUUUCACUCGUUUCCUCCAGCAACCCUGGCCGCCAUGAUGCAGUCGCUUAGAACCAGUAUCUUGCCAAAGGAAGCAUUUUAGUCUUCUCAGAUGUAGCCUUUUAUAUGCAUUAACCUUUUUAUUUUUGUAGGUGUCAUUUUCUUUUAUAUUGGACAGUAGGUAUUAUUUUCUUUUUUAUUGGGCAGUUAAUCUGUAUCUGCCCUUAUGUUUAAGUUUUAAAAGAAGACAUACUGUUACUCACACAUAAUUUGUGUUUUACAAUGCACUACAGUAUAGUAUUUUUGGAACGUCCUACACAUUAGGUCACUAAAACUGCAACCUGAAAGUAGCCAGGUCACAAACCCGUGAGAGCUUACCAGGAAUGAGUACUGGAAUCUGGUUCUCUCAAAAGAGUUGAAGGGAAGCUUGCGGAUCAGAGAUCAACCAAAACUGGGCUGUGUCCAGCUGUUUGUGGUCUGUGUGCAUGGCUGUUUUUGGCUUGCGUUGCUUGCCUUGAUCUAGCAUGUUUGUCUGAAUUGCAUUACCCAGUAUUGUCUGGUGGGCUUUGGGCCAGGUCAUUCUGUUUUUUCUGACUAAAUAUAAAUAAAUAAAUAUAAA